AAUGUACGUAACGCUAGGAUUAGUUAUUUGUAUGUAACGCUAGAUUUAGAUAUUUGUAUUUGUACUAUCGCUAUAAAAUGUAAUCGUAUAAAAUGUAAUGUAUUCGUGACAUAUAGCUAGUAAGAAUAAAACACUCAGUCGAGUUUUGCACCUAGAAGCGACAGCAUCUCUUUCAAGAACUAUAACUGGCGCAGCCGAAAGUCGAAUUGCUGGUAAUAAGCAUAAGUCAUCUCAUCCCGGUUUAUACCAUCACUGAGCGAAUAUCAGUUGAUUCGCGGAGAGAAGCAGCUGUUCCAGCUAACGUCCCAAACACGCCGUGCUAACGCAAAAGGAAGGAAGACCAUCGACCCAAAAAAAAAAAAAAGAAGCUCUAAGCCUCACGCAUCGAGAGAACGCAACACACACCAAUCUGGACUGUGCGUGAGUAUAGCGUGUAAUAGUGAGAAUAGAGUGAUAAUAGAAAAGAACGCAAAACAUGGAGCCCAAUUGCAACCAAGAAGACCUGCUAAAUCACAUUCGAUUCCUGACGAACUCGCAUAAUGAUCUACUGGAAGAGAUGAAACGGUUAAAAGCAAAAGCAGAUGACCCCUAUUUAUCAUACAGAACGCCCGAUCCAGUUCGUAAUCUACCAAAUUUUGAUGGAAACAAAAGUGAAACGCAAGCGUGGAUUGAGGAUACUGAAACUGCAUUGGCUUUGUUCAAAAAUCGUGAAGGAUCGCCCAUGUAUGAUCAGUUAGUACGAGCAGUUAAGUGCAAAAUCACUGGUCAAGCUAGGGAAGCGGUAAUAGCAGCAGGAAACGUGAACACGUGGCCAGAAAUUAAAGACGUGCUAACGAACGCAUUUGGCGACAAAAGGGAUCUGACCUCACACAUACAACAACUGUUUUACGAGCGUCAGGGAAAGAAAUCUCUAGCAGAGUACUACAACAGUUUGAAAAAACUCGAAACAAAGAUAAGGUCGAUUACCGCAUCUGCAGACGAAUAUAAAAAUUCAACUACAGCAGUACAUCACCUGAUUGGUGUAAUCACACUCACACGUUUUAUAGACGGACUUGAGGGAACGUUAUCGUCGUAUGUGAGGAGCUGUAAGCCGAACGACCUAGAUGAAGCCUAUUCGGUAUCCAUCGAAUACACGAAUGCUUCCUAUCGGAGAAAGCUAGAACAGACUAACACAGAAGAACGUGGGAGAAAAAAGUAUGACAACGAAACACCAUCAACAUCGUAUAGUAAUCGCAAAAAUACGCAAAGCGAUAAACCGUGGUCAGAUAAGUUUAGGAACAAAAGUUUUCAAGAAAAAAAAACGAAUGAUGACGUAUCAAUGCGUACACUCAAAUCUAGAAUGCAAAUUAACAACGCGGAAACCGAUGAUAAAACGGUCGAUAAUGAGUCAGAUGAAUUAAAUUUUCACAUGGUUUUAGGAGAAAGGUCAGACACUUGAAUAA